AUGUCAGACCCAUUGGCUUCAGACCUUAUGGCAAUCGGAACCGAAGCUGCGGAUGAGUUCCCGUUCGGCGAAAUCAAUACCACAGUCGAAAUGGAAGUCGUACCCACGACGACCGUUGAAACACGGCCAGAAGAUGCGCAAACAGCUCCCGUCGAAGUCGAAGCUCACCAGCAGCUGCCUGCGCCCAUCGCGCAAAUAGCAAUUGAGCCUGCGCCAAUUGAGCAUCGCCACGAUGUACAGACACCGGCUCGUGUAUCAACUCCCGCGUCAGCUAUUGAACAGCAGUCGUACCGGCCACAGUUCUCUCUUGCGACUUCGCGAUUCAUCAUGAAUCGUCACAGAGGCACCACCCCAGCAUCACCACCGCUCCAUCUCGUCGCAACUCCUCCUCCUCCUCCAACUCCUGAGGUCGCCCCAGAGGAAGUCAAAGAUACACCUGUGGACUACUCACACCUGCCUAUGACUGUUUAUCUCCCGUACGCAGAACCCAAAGCCGGCCCACCCGACUUACUACCAUCCUCUGGAGCAAAGAGGAAGCGCGCGGUAGCGGAAGAUGAGUCUUCCCGAAAAUCCGCAAACAUCCCCGUCUACCAGGACCCCGCAAUCCUUAGGCGUCCCGUGCCUAGACCGCCGGUGAAGAGGAAGCGCACCAAGGAUGACGGCAGUGGAAACCCAAUGUGCGUCAAGUGCAACCGCAUCUCCGCCACAGACGGCAACCCCAUCGUCCCCUGCGGCUGCGGUGAGGCCUGGCACCAGCUUUGCCAUGACCCAGAGAUCUCGGCAGACGCCCUCAACGGCGGUUCCUCCAAAUUCAAGUGCGUCACCUGUAAAGAGGAGGACAAGCAGCAGGCCAAGUAUCAGCGCGAACUUGCAAAGUACCGCGAGGCGAAGCAAGAGCAGUCGGAGUGGAGGAAGCAUCACAACGAUGUGGAAAGGAAGCGCGAGAAGAAGCUUGCUACGCUGCCAGAGUUUCCUAAGCCGAGCCUCAUUGGGUUUGAUGGAGGCAGUGCCAGUGGCAGUGAGAGACGAGAGUACUUCUCGAAUCUUAAGAGGAGCCAUCUCCUCAAUCUCCUCCUAUUCAGCGAACAAAUCCAGCCGGGCCUUCUCGUAGACGUCCUCGCCUCUGUCUCUAAGAAGCACCCCGAGCUGCCUCUCUUCGGCUCGCCAGAUUGGGCUGAACCUAAAGUUCGACACCGAGAAUCACAGUCCCGCCGCCAGCAAGACCACCGUCCGGCUUCCAAGCCCUCAAAGCAGCGGUCCAAAACAGGCGGCGUCCGCAAGAUCCUUAAGACGGCGCCCACUGGCGCAGCCGAUCAAGCAGAAGCAGACGCAGAAGAUUCGGAGGAUGCACUUCCCGAAUCCUGGCCCAAAGCCGGACAUGGCCUCUACCAGCGUCUGAAGUCCGAGAGGGAUGACCCAAUGUUGUACGACGACAACGACGAAGAGGCGUUCAGCCACUUCAUGGUCGACAAGUACGGGAAGCAGAUUAUGGAGCCCCUUGCGGGAUAG